GCUGGGGCGGGCGCUGCUGCCGGACAGCUGGACGCACAGGUCGGAGGACCGGAGGGCAUUCUGCAGAAUGGUGCUGUGGAUGACAGCGUGGCCAAGACCAGCCAGUUGUUGGCCGAGUUGAACUUCGAGGAAGAUGAAGAGGACACCUAUUACACGAAGGAUCUCCCUGUGCAUGCCUGCAGUUACUGCGGAAUACACGAUCCUGCUUGCGUGGUUUACUGUAAUACCAGCAAGAAGUGGUUCUGUAAUGGACGUGGAAAUACUUCUGGCAGCCACAUUGUAAAUCACCUCGUGAGGGCAAAAUGCAAAGAGGUGACUCUGCACAAGGAUGGGCCCCUGGGGGAGACAGUUCUGGAGUGUUACAACUGUGGCUGCCGCAAUGUCUUCCUCCUCGGCUUCAUCCCCGCCAAAGCGGACUCCGUGGUAGUGCUGCUGUGCAGGCAGCCCUGCGCCAGUCAGAGCAGCCUCAAGGACAUCAACUGGGAUAGCUCCCAGUGGCAGCCCCUGAUCCAGGACCGCUGCUUCCUCUCUUGGCUGGUCAAGAUCCCUUCUGAGCAGGAGCAGCUGCGGGCUCGGCAGAUCACCGCUCAGCAGAUCAACAAGCUGGAGGAGCUCUGGAAGGAGAAUCCUUCUGCCACCUUGGAGGAUCUGGAGAAGCCCGGUGUGGACGAGGAGCCGCAGCACGUCCUCUUGCGGUACGAGGACGCCUACCAGUACCAGAACAUAUUUGGCCCUCUGGUCAAGCUGGAGGCCGACUACGAUAAGAAACUGAAAGAGUCCCAGACUCAAGAUAACAUCACGGUCAGGUGGGACCUGGGCCUUAACAAGAAGAGAAUCGCCUACUUCACUUUGCCCAAGACUGACUCUGACAUGCGGCUCAUGCAGGGCGAUGAGAUAUGUCUGAGAUACAAAGGGGAUCUGGCACCCCUGUGGAAAGGGAUCGGCCACGUCAUCAAGGUCCCUGAUAAUUAUGGCGAUGAGAUCGCCAUUGAGCUUCGGAGCAGUGUGGGCGCCCCUGUGGAGGUGACUCAUAAUUUCCAGGUGGAUUUCGUAUGGAAGUCAACCUCGUUUGAUAGGAUGCAGAGUGCUUUGAAAACGUUUGCUGUGGAUGAGACCUCCGUGUCGGGCUACAUCUACCACAAACUGCUCGGCCACGAGGUAGAGGAUGUGAUCAUCAAGUGCCAGCUGCCGAAACGCUUCACGGCCCAGGGGCUCCCAGACCUCAACCACUCUCAGGUUUACGCCGUGAAGACUGUGCUGCAGAGACCACUGAGCCUGAUUCAGGGUCCACCAGGCACGGGGAAGACUGUGACCUCUGCCACCAUCGUCUACCACCUGGCUCGGCAGGGCAAUGGGCCUGUGCUUGUCUGCGCUCCGAGCAACAUAGCCGUGGAUCAGCUGACUGAGAAGAUCCACCAGACUGGGCUGAAAGUCGUGCGGCUCUGCGCCAAGAGCCGCGAGGCCAUUGACUCCCCCGUGUCGUUCCUGGCCCUGCACAACCAGAUCAGGAACAUGGAUAGCAUGCCGGAGCUACAGAAGCUGCAGCAGCUGAAGGACGAGACUGGGGAGCUGUCCUCUGCCGAUGAGAAGCGGUACCGGGCCCUGAAGCGCACCGCCGAGCGGGAGCUGCUCAUGAAUGCAGAUGUCAUCUGCUGCACAUGCGUGGGGGCAGGGGACCCGAGGCUCGCCAAGAUGCAGUUCCGCUCCAUCCUAAUUGACGAGAGCACCCAGGCUACUGAACCAGAGUGCAUGGUCCCUGUGGUUCUUGGAGCCAAGCAGCUCAUCCUUGUGGGUGACCACUGCCAGCUGGGCCCUGUGGUGAUGUGCAAGAAGGCCGCCAAGGCUGGACUGUCCCAGUCGCUCUUUGAACGGCUGGUAGUGCUGGGCAUCCGUCCCAUCCGCCUCCAGGUCCAGUAUCGGAUGCACCCUGCGCUCAGCGCCUUCCCGUCCAACAUCUUCUACGAGGGCUCUCUUCAGAACGGCGUCACCGCAGCGGAUCGAGUGAAGAAAGGGUUUGACUUCCAGUGGCCCCAACCUGAUAAGCCAAUGUUCUUCUACGUGACCCAGGGCCAAGAGGAGAUUGCCAGCUCAGGCACCUCCUACCUGAACAGGACGGAAGCUGCAAAUGUGGAGAAGAUCACCACGAAGCUGUUAAAGGCGGGUGCCAAGCCUGACCAGAUCGGCAUCAUCACACCUUACGAGGGCCAGCGCUCCUACCUGGUGCAGUACAUGCAGUUCAGCGGCUCCCUGCACACCAAGCUUUACCAGGAGGUGGAGAUUGCCAGUGUGGACGCAUUCCAGGGGCGAGAGAAGGACUUCAUCAUCCUUUCCUGUGUGCGAGCCAACGAGCACCAAGGCAUUGGGUUUUUAAAUGACCCCAGGCGGCUUAAUGUGGCCCUGACCAGAGCAAGGUAUGGGGUCAUUAUUGUGGGCAACCCAAAGGCCCUGUCCAAGCAGCCGCUCUGGAACCACCUACUGAACUACUACAAGGAGCAGAAGGUGCUGGUGGAGGGGCCCCUGAACAACCUUCGGGAGAGCCUCAUGCAGUUCAGCAAGCCCAGGAAGCUGGUCAACACCAUCAACCCGGGAGCCCGCUUCAUGACAACAGCCAUGUAUGAUGCUCGGGAGGCCAUUAUCCCAGGAUCAGUCUAUGAUCGGAGUAGCCAGGGCCGGCCCUCAAACAUGUACUUCCAGACCCACGACCAGAUCGGCAUGAUCAGUGCAGGCCCUAGCCACGUGGCUGCCAUGAACAUUCCCAUCCCUUUCAACCUGGUCAUGCCACCUAUGCCACCACCAGGGUAUUUUGGACAAGCCAAUGGGCCAGCCGCAGGCCGGGGUACCCCAAAAGGCAAGACUGGUCGUGGAGGGCGCCAGAAGAACCGCUUUGGGCUCCCUGGGCCCAGCCAGACGAAUCUCCCCAAUAGCCAGGCCAGCCAGGAUGUGGCAUCACAGCCCUUCUCCCAGGGCGCCCUGACUCAGGGCUACAUCUCCAUGAGCCAGCCCUCCCAGAUGAGCCAGCCCGGCCUCUCACAGCCCGAGCUGUCGCAGGACAGUUACCUUGGCGAUGAGUUUAAGUCACAGAUUGAUGUGGCGCUGUCACAAGACUCCACAUACCAAGGGGAGCGCGCGUACCAGCACGGCGGAGUGACGGGGCUGUCCCAGUACUAGAAGGUGGCGGCAGAAGAGCUAAGCUAUGUGGCUUAGUCCAUCAGCAUCUUAUUCUGGGUAAUAAAAAAUAAAAAUAAAUGGAUACCUGUUUUCCACUGCUAAAACUGAAGCACCACUGUGAGCAACAGGAGAGGGAGAGGAGCACCCGAGGGAGAGAGGAGCCCGAGACAGAGCGAGCGCCCACUGCUGGCCCGCGGCGGCGAGGAGAAGAAGAAGGGAGAGCGGGAGGCGGGCGGCCACGGAGGAGCGCCCGCCAGCGAGCCCUGCCAGCCCCGCUCGCCAAGGAGGCCCAGCGCUCGCCGCGUCCACACCUGGGUCUGCGACCAGGGCGGAGGGAGGAAGACCCUCAUCUCAGAGUAGCCCUUUCCUCUGUUCUUUUCUUUCUGUUUCUCUUUUAUUGAAAGGGGACUACGUUUUAGCAGGAAAAACUUCGCAUUUCUGUGCCGAGCAGGCUCCUUGCCGGGGCGGCCGUGUCGGGAGAGCCCCGUGGAGGUGUGGGUUCUGUCCACACCAGCUCUGAAACUGCCCUGGCCACGCUGCCUGUGUUCUAAGAGGGUUUCAUUUAAAGAAAACACGGUGUUUUGGGUUUUUCUGUUUUUUUAAAGAUUCUUUCAAAGGAGUACUGAAAAGUAUACUUUCCUGAGUUUGUCUCUCAAAUCUUAGUGGUGGACCUGGAAGAUGCAAGAAGCUUCCAGAAACGAAGUUUAAACAAGCCAACACAUCUCAAGAUUAGGAUCAACACCUGUGAUGGGAUCGCAAGGAGGAUUUUUGUUUUUAGUUUUAGCUUCCAGCGGCUUCUCCCUGCACGUCAGGGCGGUGAGAGAGCACCGUCUCGUCCCGGGCCAGGCGGCCCCAGUCUCCGCUGGACUCUGAGAAGCAAAGUGCUUCCCACACGCGGUGGACUCUGGCCCCACCCACCCUGGGAGGGGCCUUGGGCAGGACUGGCUGUGAGGCCAGAGGGUGGGGAGGUGGCUAUUCUCUGGCCAGUGGCUUCUUCCCUAGGGUCCUUCCUGAGGAUUUGAUGGAAGACAGCAGCCAAGAGGACCCAUCCCCAGGGAGGCACCCACCGUCCCUGUGCCUGGUUAGACACGCCGAGUGCCCCACUGACCUUGUUCUCUACCCCACCCUCCAUGUUGGGAGCCCCUCUACCUGUGGGCACAGGUGUGAUGGGGUGGGGUGAUUUCUGCUUUUUUUGGGAAAAGGAGUAUGUUUCAGAAAUAGGUUGGUUCUGUGCCGAAGGGGCUUGGACCACUUUGUCACAUCAGCUGGGGGCCGGGGGGUGGGGGUGGGGGAGGGUUCUGUCUGGUUGGGUCUGGGCCACGACUCAAGAAGUUAUAGCUGGGAGAGCCACCCCCAGCUCCUUGUGCACCAUGGUGGGGUAGUACUGUCUCCCUGGCAACCACCUAUUUGGGGACCAUCCCCUGCCUACCCCAGACCCUGGUGACCCUGACCCCCCCCCCCAUCUCCUUGAGGCUAACACUGGCCCUGAUCUCAAAGCCUCCAGGUUCCAGCUUGUACUUGGGAGAUGGGGUCACACAGGUCACCUUCCUUCUGGCAAGGCCUCUUAUUUAUUACCAUUGCUGUAGGGCUUUCGGUUUUCCCCCUUCUUUUGAUAGGCCACAUAGAGGCAUAGAGUUUGGAUAGGUUUCCGCUAUGACCCCUUGUGCGACACACCCGGUGGGCAACCCCUGUGCCCGCCCACCCGCCCUGUUCUGUUCCUUGGAAUGCCUUGCCUCUGCUUUGUGCUGUUUGCUUUGUUCUCCACCUUCAUAGCAGCAGUUAUUCUGAGUUUUCCAAAUCCAGGAGCAUCUGUACCAAGGCAAUGUAACUUUUGAUUUCUGGUCAAUUUGUUUUAAGCUCUAUUGUCACCAAUAAAUUCUUAAUUAACA